UAUAUUUGAUCGAUAAGUCACACUGGCAUGGAUGGAGGUUAUUACGGCAUGUUUGAGAAAUAAAACUUUUAUGUAAAAAUGAUUUCGUGUAAAAAUUUGUUCGUACUCCGUGGCCAACUGCCGGUGAUCCGCGGCUGCCGCCGGUACCAACAGCCCUUGCGUGCCACGCUGACACCACACAGCUCCAGCUCCUCCUGGCGCGCCAUGGCAGCGCGGUGCAUACCAUCGCACGCAUCCACAUUGCCACUGCAGUGGCAUAGGACACGCGAUGAUGGGCGACAGACAGUGCGCAGUUUUCACACCUCCAGCCGGAUGCUGGCCAAAGACUACUACACCACGCUGGGGGUGGCCAAGAACGCCAGUGGGAAGGACAUCAAGAAGGCCUACUAUCAGCUGGCCAAGAAGUACCAUCCGGACACCAACAAGGAGGAUCCGGAUGCCGGUCGCAAAUUCCAGGAGGUCUCCGAGGCCUACGAGGUGCUCAGCGAUGAUCAGAAGCGGCGUGAGUACGACACCUACGGCCAGACGGCGGAGAACAUGAGCCGCCAGGGUGGCGGAUUCGGUGCAGGCGCCGCUGGCGGGGCAGGACCCUUCGGACCCGAAGGCUUCUCACAGAGCUGGCAGUUCCGCUCGACCAUCGAUCCGGAGGAGCUCUUCCGCAAGAUUUUCGGCGAGGGAAACUUCCGCACCAACAGUUUCGACGACUUCGCCGACUCCAAGUUCGGUUUCGGCCAGGCGCAGGAGAUGGUGAUGGACCUGACCUUCGCCCAGGCAGCUCGCGGCGUCAACAAGGAUGUGAAUGUCAAUGUCGUGGACGAGUGCCUCAAGUGCCGCGGCUCCAAGUGCGAGCCGGGCACAAAGCCGGGUCGCUGCCAGUACUGCAACGGCACUGGCUUCGAGACCAUCUCGACGGGGCCCUUCGUCAUGCGUUCCACGUGCCGCUACUGCCAGGGCACGCGCCUGUACAUCAAGUAUCCGUGCAACGAGUGCGAGGGCAAGGGAAAGACGGUUCAGCGCCGCAAGGUGACUGUGCCGGUGCCGGCGGGCAUCGAGAACGGACAGACGGUGCGCAUGCAGGUGGGCAGCAAGGAGCUGUUUGUGACCUUCCGAGUGGAGCGGAGCGACUACUUCCGCCGUGACGGAGCCGACGUGCACACAGACGUGGCCAUCUCGGUAUCGCAGUCCGUGCUGGGCGGCACUGUGCGCGUCCAGGGCGUCUACGAGGACCAGUGGAUAAACAUUGAGCCGGGCACCUCCUCCCACCACAAGCACACGAUGCGCGGCAAGGGCCUGAAGCGGGUGAACGCCCACGGCCAUGGCGACCACUAUGUGCACAUAAAAAUUGACGUGCCACGGAAGCUGAACAAGGAACAGCGCGCCCUCAUCGAGGCCUUUGCCGAGCUGGAGUUGGACACACCCGGCCAGAUCAACGGCAUCACCCAGCGCAAAAGUGGCAGUAAGAAAGCAACCUCGGGUGCGAGUGAAACUGCCGGAACAGCUGGAGGCGCAGGAGCAGCAGGAACAGCCGCCAAAGGAACCACAACAGCCAGCAAAGAGAGCACAAGCGAAGCAACCGAAGAGCAGGACCAAAAAGAGUCCAAGCCCAGUGGGGGAACAGGGCAAAGCGAAGGCGGAGGAGGCUUCCUAAACAAAAUCAAAUCGAUGUUCAACUGAAAGCCAGUCGAUUGUGUUACGUUAAUGUUUAAGCAAACAAAGUGUUAAUGUUGCUCCUAAGAUUACGUUUUGUUUUAAGCAUAAGUCUGGGGUAGGAGCAGCAGGACUUAUUCCACGUGGAAGACGCGAAUAAACCAAAUUCACAGUCCAAGCAAAGGAAAGCCAUUGCCUCCAAUAGGGAGGGAGCAGAACUUUAGGUAGAAGCAGAACCGCAAAAGCCAAUGGAAUGGGGACACAUGGCGGCCGCUGCUGGUGUCCAAAAAUAAACCCAACAAAAACCUUGAGCACUCACCGCGCAGCUGGGCAUAAUUUGUGGUCCCGUUGAGGAAGCCCUCGCACUCCUGCAUGUAGGCCACCCAGUCGAUCUCCGUAUAUGGCACGCGCCGAAUCACAAACACAUUGAUGGCUGCCUCCGCCAAAACAAUCAGAACACUAAUUAUGGGCAAGGCGGCCGGCUCGAGCACCAAGUACCUGAGAAAGGCCACAUUCAGGUAUUUGUCCAGCAGCGUCUGCAACAGGUUGCUGGACUUUUUGCGCCGUGCCGAUGGACGGUUGUGGUUGGCUUUCGGUGGGGCCAUUUUAUGUGAUAAUUAAUAGUCGCAAAAUUAACCAAAUUAAAUCAAAAGAAACGACACGACCAGGGCGGCAACAGCACACGGCAAACAGCUGUUGUGGCGAUGACCGAUGACACUUUCAUCGACCGUUGACUUUGCCGUUAAUCGAUAAGUAGUCGAAUUUGAAAGCUUUUUUAAACGGAAAUAAUUUUAAUAAAUGGUUUAUUGAAUCUUUA